UUUGCUGAAAGCGUUUAAAAAACAAGUUGAAUAUUUAGCUUCACCGGAGUCUGCAAUCUUUGUUUUGAACAAGUGGGAUAUGGUUGAUGAAGAGGCAAAAAUGAAGCAGUUACGAAUUGUUACUGAAUGCCUUAAAAGAAGAUGGCCAAUGAUUAAACCUUAUCAAGUGCUACCACUCAACUCGAAACAAGCCGAAAUUUGUCUAUACAAGACAGGCACGUUAACUCCAGAUCUAAAAGAAGUCUGCGAAACUAUAACAAAAAUUCUUCCAGAAUCCCUCAACAACAUCAUUAUGAAAUCCUUAAGCAAACCUUGCGACUUUAUUGUCUCUGUUGAAAAUGUGUUGCAAACAACUAUCAGGCAGCUGAAAUUACCUGUUUCUCAGAGAAGUAUAUUAAAUGGUAAGAGCAGAGAAAAUCUAGAACAGUUUCAAACAUUGUUAAAAGAAAUGAAAGCCAAACUCGAGACGAAAGUUGGCAGCCUGAAAGAUGACCUUUUGCCUUACCUUCAGACGGACGCGGUUCGUCAAAGCUUUCAUAAUUGGGAUGUAUCUUCUUUACCGGUUAAACAGAAGGCAGCUGUUGAUGCAGGCAAAGUAGAACAAUUUGUGUAUGUGAAGCUAUUCCAGAUUGUAGAUAGCCACUGCAAGGAAACUGAUCUUCAGCAAUGGGCAAGAACAGCAUUGGAUCGAGAUGUUGCAAAAGCAGAGCAAAUGCUGAAACAAGCAAACAUGCACAUGAGCGGUUCUGUUCAACCAACAUUUAGAAUCAACGACAAUCACGGCUAUUUAUUGCCAUAUUUAUGCCAAUUAAUUACUAUUUGCGCCGCUUUCGGCGUAACGGUAGAUGAAAAAGCUGUCUUAAGAAUGGUCGCAAGGUCGGGGAUAGGAGAUUUUUUUGCGACUGUGGUAUUACCAAAGGCCGUAGCUGCGGUUCCAACACGCUUGACUAUAGUAGCUUUUGUUGGCAGUUUAGUGGCUGUGGCAGUAGCUAGAAAGCUCUGGAAAAUAAAAGCCAUUAAAGAAUUUAAAGAGAACGUAAAGCAAGCUUAUGACAACUAUAUUGCAGAUACUUCACAACUGCAAGAGAUUAUAUCGACGGUGAUGCAGUUUCAUUGCAAACAUGUGCAAGCUGUAUUAGACACACUUCCUCAAAUGCAUAAACAAAUUCAGAAAACGUUACAUGCAGUUGGAAAGGCAGAAGAGAAAAAUUGUCCAAAGUAUGAACAAUUGUUAAGCAAAUGGCAAGAACUAAAUGGCAAAUUAUCAAUUUUGACUCUCCAAUGCAUGCCUCACAAGUUUACUAGCAAUGAUAUCUUGUGGCCACAGCCGAACCCACCAGUAGGUAGUGGAAGUUUUGCUGAAGUUUACAAAGUCACCAUUCCUGGUGCGCAUGAAGUUGCAUUAAAAGUAAUAAGACAUGAUGUUACGCAGGGAAACACAGCUUCUGAGGUGAAGAAAGAAUUUGAUGUUUGCAGAAAAUGCAAUCAUGAGAACAUCGUCAAGUUUUGGGGGUCAAUACAACUCUCGUUACACCCUCUGAAGAUAGGAUUGCUGUACGAAUGGUGUGACCGCGGAACUUUGGCUUCUUUUAUUAAACAUGCCCAAGAAGAACCAGCUUACACACUAAGUGGCUUUUCGAUUGCUCAAAGUCUUGCACUGGAUAUGCUCAGUGGGAUUUGUUACCUACAUGACAAUGGCAUCAUUCAUAGAGAUAUGAAACCUGAGAAUGUGCUCAUAACAGGUCAGGGAAAAGUGCGUCUGGCAGACAUGGGACUUGCGAAGCCAAUCGAACUAGUAAAAGGUACACUUUGUGGAACACUGUGGUACAUGGCACCGGAAGUAUUUCUUGAGAAGCCCUACACAGAACAAGUAGAUAUGUUUAGUUUCGGAAUCAUUAUGUGGGAGCUAUGGCACAAAAAGCGAGUCUAUGAAGUCACAAGGGCACCUCCUUUACAGCUUUUCUUGAAGAUGGUAGAGACAGGUAAGCUACGUCCAGGUGAUGGACAAUUUAUUGGUGAAGGUAUCUCGUAUGGAACCCUCUCCCGAUCUCAGCACAAUCAGCAACCAAAGCUAGCUACUGCAGUCGAUGUGCCUCAGACUACAAUUAAAUCGUGGGCAGAUGUUGCAAGAACUUGCUGGUUAUCAAACUUUGAUAGUCGGCUAUCAGCAUAUACAACUCAUGAAAAAAUAUCUGCUCUUUCUGUUGGAAGCGACGAAUGACUACGUAUUAAAAUUCACAAUACAUCCGAGCCUUUCUUAAUACAAAGGUGUCAAGUUGUUUGCGCAUUUGAAUGUGGUAUAGGGCGUGACUGAACACACCAUAACUUCUUCCAAUAUAUAUAGUUGUUGUAGCUGUUUGUAUGUUAAAAAAGUCGCGAUUGCGCGUGAGCUUGUAUGCUAGCUGUGUUUUAUUUUAUUAAACAAUUGUCAUUGCAGUUAUUAUGUGAAUGUGAAUUAUUUUCUUUCUGAGAAAC